CCCCCUGGCCUGGUAAAGAAGCUGAAUGUCUGCAGGACAUGCUCAACGUCUGUCCAUCCAUGUUCUCCUGCUGACCACCGGCGGGGCUGGCGCGUAGAUGCACAGAGACAGGAAGCAGAUCAUCCACAGCUGCAUGAGCGUUACCUGCUGAGCGGCCUGCGCGUGGUUGCGGUUAGCUUUAGGGGCAGGUUCUGCUGGAGGGAAACCUUUGCUUUGCUUUGUGUGUGUGUGUUCUAUCGUAGUGGAGGAGCAGCAUCUACUCCCAGUAGAUCGGCCCGUUGACUUUUCACCCCUCCAUCGCUUAGAGGUUGCUGUUUGACCCUUUGACACCAUGUGGGAGUUCAGGUCCAUGUCCUUCUGGCGAGCGGUGUUCGCCGAGUUCUACGGCACCAUGUUCUUCGUGUUCUUUGGGCUGGGGGCAGCCCUCCGCUGGACCACCGGGCCCCACAAUGUCCUCCAGGUCGCCUUCUGCUUCGGGCUGGCCGCCGCCACCCUCAUCCAGUCCAUCGGCCACAUCAGCGGGGGCCACAUCAACCCGGCCGUCACCUUCGCGUACCUGAUCGGCUCCCAGAUGUCCCUGUUCCGCGCCGUCUUCUACAUCGUGGCCCAGUGUCUGGGGGCGCUGGCCGGCGCUGCCGUGCUCUACGGGGUCACGCCCGGCAACAUGAGGGGAAACCUGGCUCUGAACACGCUGCAGCCGGGCAUCAGCCUCGGCAUGGCCACCACCAUCGAGAUCUUCCUCACCCUGCAGCUCGUCGUUUGCAUCUUCGCUGUGACCGACGAGCGGCGCAACGGCCGCCUGGGCUCCGCCGCCCUGGCCAUCGGCUUCUCCGUGCUCAUGGGGCACCUCCUUGGAAUGUACUACACUGGAGCGGGGAUGAACCCGGCCAGAUCUUUUGCCCCAGCUGUCCUGGUUAGGAAUUUUGUCAACCACUGGGUGUACUGGGUGGGACCCAUGAUCGGCGGCGCCAUAGGGGCUCUGCUGUACGACUUCAUGCUGUUCCCCCGCGUGCGCGGCCUCUCCGAGCGGCUCGCCAUGCUGAAGGGCACCCGGCCCCCGGAGGCCGAGGGCCAGCAGGAGAUCAGGGGCGAGCCCAUCGAGCUCAAGACGCAGGCCCUAUAAGCCUGGAGCGGCAGAUGGGCUCCCCCGGCCGCCGCCCCUCGCCCGUCACGCCUCGCCCUCACGCUCCCGGCCCCGGGUCCAUCGUCAGCCCAGUCGACACUCACGCCCACAUACCGCCGCCUCGCCUCCUCACGUAGUAGCGCAGACCCCGAGAUCCUUAAUGCGCAUCUGAAACUGGACCUGGUGAAUUACAGCGAGGGGCUUCCCCAGCCCUGAACAGCUCCUCCAGCCCCUUCCCCACCCAUCCUCCUCCUCCUCUGCCUUCCCCCCGCGGACAAGAUGGAGGGUCACAAGAAGGGGGUCAGACCCGGCGGCCAUCACUGCUCAGGACAGGGCCUCUCUCUGUUUCCUCCCCCCUCUUCCUGUUUUCUCCCUCUUUCGUAGUCUGCUAGGAGUGAAGCUACAGUAGAGCAGUGGACUUACUUCUGCAUGCGUUCCCAUUUGAUCCGGUGUGACCACGCCCUCUUCUUUUUGUUCCGUUUCAUGAACUUUGGGUAAAUUACAUGUGUGUACUGGUAUUCAUUUGCCUUUUGUUUUUGGUGUGUGCGUGGCAGAGGGACGGAGUGCGAGCGUGCGUGAAUGUGCAUGUGUAUGCUUGUGUGCUUGUGAUAGUUUUGCCACAGUCCUUUUCCUGUAUCAUAACUUCUUUUCCCAUGCAAGCUUGUGUUUUAGGGACAGAUGCUGCCUGUGACGCGGCCUCAAAGACAUUUUCAAUUUAAGCCCGAGGGAUUCUAUAAAUAAUUUAAGUCAAAUUGAUUCACUUUAGACUUUGUGUCUCAUUUACAGCCGUGAAGCACACAGAUGCUGUCUUCAAGUUAAAAUUUCUGUUGGUUUAGGAUUUGAAUGACUUUCUGGCUUUCUAAGCUUUUUGGAGCAGGGCUUAUCGAAGUUUCAUGUACAGGUGUGCGAUAGUUGGUUUGCUUUUACUUUUGCAUGUGAGCCAUGAAAAAAAAAUAAACCCAGGAGAGCAAGUACCCGGGAAGCCGUCAGCGACGCAGCGGCCUUUUCUGCCGUCGUUUGAGCCGCGUCAUCAUGAGUGCAUGAGUUGUGGUGGCUUCUUUCUGGUGUUCGGCACACGCUUGGCGCCUUCUCCUUCCUGCGCCGAGCUCGGUGGCUCUUUCGGAGGAUUCCCACCGGACUCUACUUGAUGAGAGGCGAGAGAAGGCGACUGAAAUUUUCUUUUUAGUGUGUUUGUACAGGGUGACCCACGUUCACCUUUAUUUUUUUCAUACAGUCUACAUGAGAGAGAAUGAACUUUGCAGUAGAAGCUCUGUGUUUGGCCUGAAGCCCCCGCUCUCUUCCAUCCCUCCUUCUUUCACCCUACCUCUCCCCUUUGUUUAUGAGGCGGCCAUCUUGUUCUGCUCUGAUGAGGGGACAUCUAAAGCUGCUGGGAUGGAGGGGACGGGGCACUGAAAUCAUUUUCACCAGAGCACUGAUCCACACAUGGAAUCCGAUUCUCUUUCUGCAUUCACUACAUAGACCCCCCCCCCGUGUGAUUUCCCUGGCUGUGGUUGAGUAGCAUUUACAACUUAGCAUGUGUUCUAAUGGAAAAGCUUUGAGAUGUACAGUGUAAAGUUUUCUUUUUUUAAAACAGUGAAACUGGAUGGAUAGGAAAUAUAAUAUGCUAGCUAUGCAAUGUCUCCUCUUUGGCUGAUGGCUGAUGGAAGUGAAGCUGAUUAUGUUAUGGCACCAGGCGCUUCCUACAUUGCCCACGACUUAUUAUUUUUGUAUGUCAAAAAAAAACCAAAAAUGAUGUUUUCAACCGUUUUUGUCUAUUUUCUUUUAGAGCCACUGAAGAGAAAUACUGAACUUCAAUAAAUCAUUUUGUAAAAGCGA